UACCCUACCGCAUACCCUACCGCAAGUCCCACCGCAGUCCCUGCCGCCCGCAGAGAGAGGAGGUACCGGUCGUGCGCGCAGGCUUGCAAGGAAAUGAGUACUGACGUCUCCUGCCGUCCUCGCAGGGCGCAAGUCUCCCGCCUGGUCUCCUUCAGCGCGACCCACCGGCUCCACUGCAAGUCUCUGAGCAAUGAAGAAAACUUAAAACUGUUUGGGAAAUGUAACAAUCCAAAUGGUCAUGGGCACAAUUACAAAGUUGUGGUGACAGUACAUGGAGAGAUUGAUCCUGUUACGGGAAUGGUUAUGAAUUUGACUGACCUCAAAGGGUGUAUGGAGGAGGCAAUUAUGAAGCCCCUUGAUCAUAAGAAUUUGGAUCUAGAUGUGCCAUACUUUGCAGAUGUUGUAAGCACAACAGAAAAUGUAGCCGUAUAUAUCUGGGAAAGUCUCCAGAAAUUUCUUCCUGUGGGAGUUCUUUAUAAAGUAAAAGUAUAUGAAACUGACAACAAUAUUGUAGCCUAUAAAGGAGAAUAGCCUUUAGGGGUUAAUACUAUAGAAAGAUUUAAUUUCUUUCCAAAUUUGAAAGAUGUCUUUAUCUUCUUGGGCUAUUAAGAAGUUAUCACAUAAUUAUUGCACUUCCACAUUGUAUUCUGGAGUGCCUCAUUUAUUGAAAUCAUUGUGAGUAAAACUUGUUUAAAUUCAAAUAUAUUUUAAAACCAAAUAUGUAAUUUAUCCUGAGUAUCGUUUAGAGAGUCUGUUUUAUAUAGAUUAAAAAUCACUUCAUUUCAAUCCUGACCAGUGUGUGGCUUGGUUGGACAGUCUCCCACAAAGCAAAAGGUCACCAAUUCUGUUCCAGUCAGGACACAUGCUGGUGUUGCGUGUUCAGUUUCUGGUCGGGGCGCAUAUGAGAGACAACUGAUCAGUGUUUCUCUCCCUCUCUUUCCCCUCCCUCCCCUCUCUAAAAAUAAAAAAAAAGUCACUUCAUUUCAGCAAAAUGUUUUGGUGUAGAACCGUUUGAAAGAAGAACCAAUCUUUUUUUUUUAAUUACCUCGUUUUUAGUAUUCAUUUUUUUUCUGGUCUAAUAUAAAUAGCAGAGGUAUUUAUAAAGGUGUAACCACAAAGUCUGGAAACAGAUUUCUUAAUAGAUUGAACUCGGAUUACUUCUUUUAGGAUAUGCUAUAGGCACAAGUUUAUUCAAUGAAAAUUAGAAACACCUAUCAUCUGAGGCAGUACAUUGUGGAUGGAUGUACAGGAUUAAUGGCAUUGCUACUUCAGUGCACAUUGUUCAUUGCAUUUUUGCAUAGCUUAUUAUUGAAAUAUGCCUUUCUACUGAGGAAUAGCACAUUGAAAAUCUCAUAGAACAUCAGUAAACUUAUUAUUCUGAAUAUCUGUUUAUGUUUCCAAACCUUAGGGCAACGUGGACAAUUUUAACUUAGAAGACAAAACAGGGACCAAAAAUCCCCUUGUUACCAUCACAUUAAUUAUCAACUGUUAACUCUUUUAUGCCCACCUUUGUAAAAGAAGUAUGUGUCUGUUUGUUUCACUUUUUAUCCAGUCCCAGAGAUCUCCCUGCUUUGCUUUCUCCCACCUCUCUAAUGCAUCAGCAGUGAAUUUCGUGUAACCCCAUUAUGCCUCCUCCUUUGAUUGUAAUGUAUAAAAUAAAGUGCAAAACUGUCAUUUUCUGGA